AUGAGUGUUUUAUCCACAAAGAUGGAACAAAGCGAGUUCUCCAAUUCAUGUCUACCUAAAGUCCAGCACAACACAUCCGGCAGCUCCGUCUUCGCUUUUCCUCCGAUAUCUCCUGAAUGCGAGAAGGGGGUAACCUCUGCUCAAACCCAGGAUGCUCUUCUGCCGCGGACUGAAGGAUCCUCUCCGAGCAGAUGGUACUCUUGCUUGAAAAAGGAAUCCCUCUUCGACGAACAUAUCAGUUGCCAAAAUGGACCGCUUUCUUUACCGGAGCUUAACCUUCCUGACGAGAGCGCUACGAAGAGAUACGCAGCGUUGAGUGAGAAGUAUAAUGUGCCGGAAUCUUAUGUUGACGAGAUCGCUGCAGCGCUUGGGGGGGACUUGACCCUUAUUAAUGCGGCCUUGGAAAUAGAGAGCGAGACUAAAGGUGACGACACGUCGAAGGCGUUCCUCGAGUAUGGCUCCAUGGAUACAGUCAAACGACUCAUGGAAUUUUUGAAUUUAGAUUCCAACUGGGAGGAGGAGGUUAUCAAUACACUGAACGCAACGAAGGGGAAUGCUCAGCUGGCUUCUGUGCAGCUGAAAAAUGCUUUGCCAGAUAUCAAUGGUGGCCAUGUUAUCGGCGCCUCCAGCCCCAACAAACUACCGGAGGUGGUUAAGUACCUGCUUGGGGACGUUGGACGUGUUGGGGAAAACAGCGACGCCAUUGAGUCGAAUACUCCGGAGAUCCUCCGGCUUGAGUACCCGGAAUGUAGCGAACACGACAUCGCGAAGGCCUUGUCGUUGUCUCAAAGUAACCUAGAUGUGGCACGUAGUCAAUUGAAUUUACAUUCAAUCAAGACCAAAAUGGAAAGCAUUGACAACAUUAUCACAAAUAUUUCAUGCCUUUCUGAGUGUGGAGAUGCCAGUCGCAGGGCCUCGAUAUCGAUUUCAGCGAUAGACCAUAAGAAACUCAACGAGGAAUUGCCGACCCUAACCUUACCACGCAUCUGCGAAGUGAAGAGCGGCCCUGAGGGGAGCUCCAUCCUUCCUAAGGGGCCUGUCAGUAUUUUACCCAAUAGGCAUCUAACUCCUUUGAAAUCUCUCCCAACAGGGAGGAAACUCAUGACCCCUGAAGGGGUGGAAUCGUGUCCUUCGCCGUCGAAAACCAAACCUCCUGAAUCCCCUCGCUCACAAUCGACGGGGGCAAUCUUUCCCCGCAGUACUGGUGACGACACGCCCCAUCCUUUAUGGCGGCGGAAGCCCUCUUUCAUCAAAUCGCACCCCGACGAUAUUUCGACGCCGCUACCCGUGAAGUUGAGGGAUAAGGGAGGGUCCGAACCGAUAUGCUGGCAGCGCACACCACCGCGGUCGAAGAACAUCACCCCCAGGUCGGUUAUGAACCCCUCUCCCGGGAAGGGAGAGGGUGGUGUUCAGCAGGCGGGCCUUUUGGAUUUGAAGAGCUGCUUCACGCCGAAAACGCUAGAGCUUUGCGCGCAGCUGCUUCCCCACCAGCCCCCCCUCGUGGGGGAUAGCAAUGACGGCAACGCGAAAAAAGACGCCAUGCCGUACCCAAUCACCUCACCUUUUCAGCCUUUCCCGCCGAGGUCCACACAGGGGAACGACGGGCUGACCAAGGGGGAAUCGGGAAUUCAGCGCAGACCGCAGCUGCGGGAGAGGAUCAACUCCCGGCUGCGGGCCUCUCCGCUUAACAGAACCGUCGGUGUGAGGGACGCCAGCAAGAGCCCGCUGCCGCUAUCACCGAGUUCAUCUGGUGUACCUCCUGCACUUUCACCACCUUCAGGCUCAGCUGGUGUACCUCCACCUCCACCUCCACCUCCACCUCCACCUCCACCACCUCCGGGCUCAUCUGGUAUACCUCCACCUCCACCUCCACCUCCACCUCCACCACCUCCGGGCUCAUCCCGGCGUCCCCCCCCCCUCCCCCUCCCCCUUCCCGCCCUCGCCCGCCCUCGCCCACCACGAAGCACAUCCCCCUUCGCGCUGCCCCUCACACCUCCCGCUCCGUCUUCGCCAAAACCGACAACCCCGCCGUCCUCGGCGACGACGAGCGGCGGCUGCUCGCGGAGGUCUACCGCCGCUGCGCACGGGCCCCUCCACAGUCCACGAACUCCCUUCCCCCUUCCCGCGAUCGCCCGAUCCUCGACGCGAUCCGGGAGCGCAACGUUGGGAUCGUUCUUAAAUUCCUCCGCCUUCCGAUCCAGACGAUCGAGGCGGGGAUUCGCCAGCUCGACGGGCUCACCCUUGGCGAGGAGCACGUCUCCGGGUUGA